AAAAAAUUAAUUAAUAUUCCGACCAAAAAAAAAGGUAAAAGACACAAAAAAAAACAACAUAAAAAAAAAAACCUUGUCAACAAGGAAUUCAUGUUGAACAGAGUUGGCUUAGAUUAGGUUAUGACAGUUAAGGUUUGUUUUCUUUUUUCACUGUCUAAGAAAAGAACGAGUCCUAGGGAACCCUAACAAAGGGGUUAAAAUCAGCCAAUGUCUGCCACACUUCCCCUAUUUUUACCGCACGUUCUCUCUAGUUAUCUCAUAGCCAUAAACUUUCCUCCUAAUCGAACUAAACAAAACAACAACAACAAAAAAGUGAAACAGUAAAAAAAAACCCAAAAAAGAAACACCCAUCUCUCAACCUUUGAAACGAAAAGCUAUUUUGUAUCUAAGGAAGUGAGAUAUGGAAGAUGAGAGCCAUGGAAAUGGCAGAAGUAACUAUCCGACGACGACUAGAGAGAGUUCAGAAGGUGGUGAUAUUAACGACAACAAUAGCUCGUCGCUAAAGCGUAUCAAAAUCGAACACAACAUCAAUAGCAGCGGUUGUUCAAGUACUACACCCGUCACCAUUAAUAUUCCUACUACUACGACGACACCGACUCAUCAUCAUACAAGCAGCAACAACAACAAGGAGCAAGAUCGCUUCCUGCCCAUUGCCAACGUGGGCAGGAUCAUGAAGAAGGUGAUACCGGGGAACGGGAAGAUCUCCAAAGAUGCCAAGGAGACCGUCCAAGAAUGCGUGUCGGAGUUCAUCAGCUUCGUGACCGGAGAAGCCUCCGAUAAGUGUCAGAGGGAGAAAAGGAAGACAAUCAACGGCGACGACAUCAUAUGGGCUAUAACGACGCUAGGGUUUGAAGAUUACGUGGCGCCCCUCAAAUCGUACCUCAACAAGUACAGAGAGAUCGAGGGCGAGAAACUGAACCUGCCGAAACAGCAGAGAGUCGAGCCGAGAUUACCACAACAGCAGCAGCAACAACAACUACAGCAGCAUCAAGUACCGCAACUGCAUCACCAUCAUCAACAUCAAGUACUUCACCAUCUUGAUGGUGAGAUCAAACAUACUCCAUAACUUUCUCCCCUCCUACUUCAAUUCCCAAACAAUUACAGCAACAAGAUGAACUUGAUUCAGUCAGACAGUGGUAAGAAGAAAAGAAGGGGGGAAAAGUACAUAGGGAAAAAAUGGAGGAAAAUAUUUUUAUUCUUUUGUUUUAUAUUUAAGUUCCAUCUUAAUUAUUUUUCUUUUUUCCUUAUAUUUUUUUAUGGAUUUCUAAUACUUGAUGUCGCAUGUCUAUUUGGAGAUGCUAUCAUUAAAUAAUUAAUACAGUAUAUAAAAUCAA